AUGUCGGACUUACAUGAAAUCCAAGCCAUUCUAUCCUUAUAUGAACGUGCUUCAGGUCAAAAGCUCAACCGGGAGAAAACCUCUAUAUUUUUUAGCAAGGCAAUAAAUGUUGCAAGAAGACAAGAGAUUUCAGAUUUCUUGGGGGUUCCGGAAGUAAAAGAGUAUGAAAAAUAUCUUGGCUUGCCGGCGGUGGUAGGAAGGAAUAAAAAGGAGAGUCUAAGAUACAUAAAGGAAAGGGUUUGGAAUAAGAUACAAGGGUGGAGAGAAAAACUAUUAUCCCAAGCGGGUAGAGAAACCCUAUUGAAGGCGGUAGUGCAAGCAAUUCCAUCCUUUGCAAUGAGCUGCUUCAAAUUACCGGUGAGCUUAUGCAAUGAGAUUGAGGCUAUGAUCCGAAAAUUCUAUUGGGGGCAGAAGGGGGAACAAAGAAAGAUCCAUUAG